AUGUCUACUCCACCACCCCCGUUGGUAUUCGCCCAGACGCUCUUCCCGCUGUUGUUAGGCUCUGCUUUGGCAUGCCCACUGUACGGUGUCGCACUUGCGCAAGCCAUAUCAUACUUUCGCAAUUAUCUUCGCGACCCGACGUUCGUGAAGUAUUCUGUUGCUUUGUUGCUCAGCUUGAUCGACGGCGCCCACACAUUCAGCCUAGCGGACGCGAUCGUAGUCUGGUAUCUUCGAGCUGCGCCUAGCACCCAGUACCCUCCCGGCCUCCCUAUAAGCCUGUUCUUCUCAUAUGUGACCACUGGUUUUGUCCAGAGCGCAUUCACCUUGCGGGUAUGGAUAUUGAGCGGCAAGAAUUGGUUGGUCACCUCUAUUCUGGCAUUCUUUGUCGUAGCUCAGCUUGUCGGCGGAUUGGGGAUGGCGGCGAGCCAACAAAUCAAUGGAGAAGUCUCCAGCGUCCUUGACGUCAACAGCAAGGCAUUUGGAUCCUUGGAGUUAAUCAGUGCGAUGAUAUGCGACAUCAUGAUCUCCUCCUCGCUCGUGUACUUCCUCCACAAAAAUCGGUCCGGAAUCAAAACAACCGAGAGUCUGAUCGACAAGUUGAUCAUUUACUUCAUCGGCAUCGGCACCCUCUCUAGCGUUUUCGCACUGCUCAACAUGGUUACGUGGUGGGCAAUGCCUGACAAACUUGUUUUCACAACAUUCCACAGCAUUAUCAGCAAACUCUACGUCAACUCGUUGCUCGUCACGAACCAGCUUCGUCACAACCUCGGCAAGGUUCGGGGAGUUGAUUAUACUCACACAGACGAUUCUAUUGCUCUAUCGACAUUCGCAGCGGGUGUAAAUUAA